AUGCCAUUAAAUGUCAUUGUUGUCGGUGCGGGCCUCGGGGGUUUGGGUGCUGCUAUAGCCUUAAACCGCCAAGGGCACGAUGUCACGGUCUUCGAAAGAUCCAGCUUCCUCAACGAGACCGGUGCUGCCAUCCACGUCGCCCCCAACGCGACCCGCAUAUUGAAAGAAUGGGAGUGUAAUAUGGACUUGCUGGAUCCUGUGCUCUGCAAGAAAGCCGAUGUGCGGGAUUCUAAUGGAAAUCUAGUGCGGGCUGCCGUUGUCACGGAAGAGCAGCAGCGGGCAUUGGAUGUCCAUCAUGAAUGGAUUUUGACCCAUAGAGUGGAUCUUCAUAAUGCCUUACGGAAUACAGCUUCUCAGGAAAUUGAUGGUCGCAAGAUUGACAUAAGGCUAUCCGCGCCGGUCUUAUCUGUGGAUGCAGAGAAGGGAGAGGUCGUACUCAAGAAUGGAGACAAAUAUAGGGCCGACCUGAUCGUCGGCGCCGACGGUGUUCACUCGCGAACCGUGAGUGCCAUAACGGGGGAAGACAGGGCUGUCAUAAACACCGGUCAAAGCUGCUUUCGAUUCUUAGUCUCGGUCGACAAAAUGCGAAAGAAUCCACUCACCUGCAGCCUUCUGGGAAAGACGGGACUUGAUAGUCUUCAUGCCUUCUCAACCUUUGACCGCCGCCUCGUGGUCUACCCCUGCCGUGGGGGGAAGCUGCUCAAUUGUGCCGGGAUCUACCCUCCUGGGCCGGAAGAAGACGCUGGCGGGGAUGCCUCUUGGCACCAUGCAGCAAGCAAGGACCACUUGGUGAAGACCUUCGCCGGCUUCGGCGAGGACCUCCUCGAGAUGUGUAGGAUGGCUGAGGAUGUCAAACUUUGGAGUCUGGCGUCUCGAGACCCAGCGUCUACUUUUGUCAAGGGCAAACUCGCCUUGAUCGGUGAUGCAGCUCAUCCUAUGCUUCCCCACCAGGGGCAAGGAGGAGCUCAAGCCUUUGAAGACGCAGCGGCUCUUGCUGGGGUUCUGACGGCCGAUGUCGCUCCGGAGCAACUAUCCCAACGACUCGAUUUAUAUAACGAGCUCCGAUAUUCUCACGCGGUCACGGUUAUGAUCAUGUCGAGAAUCAACGACGAGAGGCGAGAGGAAAUGUUGAAUGAGCUUCGCCGGUUCGUUCCUAAUGCAGAGCUUCCCAAAAAUAUGUUCGCUUUCGCAUGGGCAUCAGAUCCUAUCAAGAAGGCAGCACAACUCGUGGAAAGUCAGCAGUAG